GCCGGCGCAGCUUAAGAAACACUAUCAAGUUGCCCAUAGUGCCUAAUUGAGUUCACAGCUCAAUUAUAAUUUUUGUGCAGGUGGUAGAAGAAUCUUUAUGUCCUCGUGGUCUGUGUGUCGCGUGCACGGAUGUCGCCAUCAACGCUUUCGAGUUCCGUGUCUUGGUGAGAAAUUCGCGGAGAAUGUGGUCCAACUGCUUAAACGGCUUGGACGGUGUAACGGAAUUUAACGACACCCCCCACUCUUUUUACACCAUUAUGAGGAAUGACCUAUCAGUGCUAGCCGCAAAUGAAUUCUCAGGUGACUCUAAAUCUCUCGUGAACCGAUUGUCAAAGAAGAGAGCUGUUGUUGUAGAGAAAAAACCUCGGACGGCACGAACAGGACCAAACUGUGACUGUACAGACUGUGGAAAGAGUUUCCUCAGUCCAUAUUAUCUAAACGUGCACUUGAAAAAUAGCGGACAAAAAGAAGCUUGUGUAACAUGUGGAACAGUGGUAUUCAGGGGGUUGGAGAUGAAGGAGCACCUUCAGAAAGUACAUGGAGAAAAAGUCCACCUUUGCCCGGACUGUCCAACGUUAUUUACCGAUGAGAAUCAAUUGAAGACGCACGCGAAAAUGGCACAUAGACCAGGUGCUUUGACUUGCGGUGAUUGCGGACGGACCUUCUCGAGGACCGCAUCGUUUGAAGUACAUUCGCAAAUGCACGCCGUGCGGACUUGCAGAGCGUGCGGAGCUCAAUUUACAAACCGGGGCUGCUACAGAGAGCACCGAUCGAAAUGCGAACCGGACGCCAAGCCGGAUAUAAGAUUAGUGCCAAGAAGUCGCCGCUCCAAUAUACGCGACCCAGCAACGUUCAUAUGCGACCACUGUGGAAAAAUAUACCACUCGAGACCGCAACUCAAAAAUCACAUUGUCUGGAUCCAUAUGGAUGUCAGACCUCAUCAGUGCCAAUGGUGUGGGAAACGGUUUUACACGCCGACUCGUUUGGCAGAGCACAGCGUUGUACACACUCGCGAACGGAACUUUGGGUGUGAUAUUUGUGGCGCGAAGUUAGUAUCAAAAAUGGCGGCUGUUUAUCACAGACGUAGGCAUACGGGUGAAAAGCCGUACGAGUGUGACGAAUGUGGAGAGAAAUUCAUAUCAUCAUCACGUCGUUCAGAGCACGCGAAGCGGAGACACGGCAGGGGUGUUAGGAUGCAAUGUAUGGAAUGUCCGGCCAAUUUCGUGAGGAGUCACGAGCUAAGGAAGCAUAUAGAUAAAACACACAAGAUCCAUGAUGCACAGUUUAUGGUCGAUGUAAAGGGGUAGUGUAUAGUUCAUACACCUAGAGAGAAAAAAUGACGCUAAUGCACUUAUUCGUGAGGUCUAUUAAGAUCAAGUAAUGUACGACAGAGAAGUUUAAAAAUCGAAAGUCUUUGAACAAAUUCCGUCUUAUUACGAAACAUUGUUUAUUGGUAGUCCCAGGCUUAAACUAUGGUUUAAGAAUAGUCCCUCUAACUAAAGAAGUCCCUUAUACGUAGCGCCACACUCUUCGCGAAGUUUGACAUUUGCUCUCAGUCUCUCAAAUAUUUCAGUUAGCAUAUUUCGGUGGGGCUAUCGUGAAACAUUUUUUUUUGUAGGAUAGGUGACAAACGAGCACGCAGUCCACCUGAUGGUAAGUGGUUACUGUGGCCCAUAGACAUCUACAUCUAUCCUCGUUUGCGAAUCAAAAUGCAGGUGCGUUGUCACCCGUGAGUACUAAGAUGGAAUGCUUCUUUUCCCGUAAAAAGGGUCUCCGGUUCUCUACAGUCACCAUACGAAACACAUACACUUUACACAGCAGUGUAAAGCUGCUACUUUACGCUGGUAUUCAAAAAGUUUAAAUCAGAUACAUAAUAUAAUAUUUUUGUAGUAAACUCGAUUAAAGCUAAGAAAGUAUGAUUUCAGUGUUUUGGGAUUUCAAGAUCAUAAUCAUAAGUCUAUGCCGUGCAUCGCACAAUUUACAUAGUUAUGUCUUCGUAUCAAGUGGACAGUUUUAAUUAUUAGAAAGUUGCUAAGACUUUUAUGUACAUAUACUACAAGACGGGCUCUGCGCCAUCAUAUAUUGCGCACUAAGUUACGGUCAAUUCUCCGUAGCUCCUUUAGGCGACUGCGAGCGGGCGAGAAAUCUAGUUAUUUGUUUUGUUAACUACAAACUUUGUUUUCGACAAUCUAACACUGAUUUUGUUUAAUUUGACUAAGAAAACGCUGUCAUAAUUUAUGUGCGUACUUUGUCUACGUGAUUUGAAGUUUCCAGUUAUACAUGUAACUUUAUUUUUGGUAUUUGCAUAAAACAGUAACUGUCGUAAAUUAAAAUACAACUACGUGCCAGCUACCCGCCCGAGACUGUGAAGUGACACAGUUUUUGUUCUGAAUUGCCGGGUCUAUGCAUAAAAUAAUCCAAAACCCCUUUCGCCCCGUAGGUGUAAGAGGUGACUAUGGAGGCAAUGCCAGAAAAACUCAUGGCUUCCGACAGAUGGUGGUAUAACUAGUUCAUUUACAACAGACUUAUAUUACCCAUCAUCUACUUUCAUUUAGUGGGGGCGUGCCCUACACUUUACUUGUACGAAGCUGUCAUUCAAGAACUCCAUCAGCUGUCAGUUCUUCGAGCGACAAGGCCGGCACAGUGCCACUUCAGCUUACUGAUCCAUUGGUCCAUUUCCCUUACUCUGGUUCUACAGCAGAUAUCCUCAUUACAAAGUCUAUAGAAGAGUAAUUUCUCUUUGAAUAAAUAAAACACAUUUUUGCAUAUAUGUAUAUCUACUAGUGAUUUCUGGAUCUCGACAACAGCGCCACCUCUGAGUCCAAUUGUGAAUCUAAACCAUUAUCGAAUCAAUCACACACAAAAUUUCAUCAAAAUUGGUACAGCCAUUUAGGGGGGAUUCAGACACAUACACACGGACAGAAGAAUUAUAUAAUAUGCAACCUUCCUUUUGAAUCAUUGUUUCUGUCUAUUGAUGAAAACCGCAUCAGAAUCCGUUGCGUAGUUUAAAAGAUCUAAGCGUACUGAAGGCGGGAAGCAAUUUUGUUUUAUACUAUGUAGAGAUUAUUGUAAAAGACACCAACAAUAAUGAAUAAAUAAAGUUAGAAAGAAAGAAAGAAUGUCUUCUUUUUUCUUUCUUUCUAACCAUAAAUUAUGUUCAUUCUUUAUUUCAUAUAGGAGACUAAAAGUGCUUUAGCCAAUAUAUUUAGUGAUGUGAUUAGAUACCUAUCUAAGUUUGCCUUAUAAUGUUUGCUAUUCAUUUAUGGUUGAUUAUUCAAAUUAAAUUACAGUGAAAUAAAUUUACAUGCGGAUAUUUUUUUCUCCUGGCUUUAUUUUUAAUAAAGGAUAGUGACCCAUUACGCCACUUAAAAGGAAAUCGUGAUAGCUCAGUGGUCGAGCACUCGCUGUUACUAUUACAGUAUACGAGCAACCGGGUUCAAACCACGCUGACUUACAACCUGCUCUACUUUGAAGAAAAAUAUCGUGUAAAAACCGACAUGUCUUGGAAAUUAAAAAGAAUAUUUCCAAGAUGUGAAGUCCACAGACUCGCAUUGGGGCAGCGCGGCGGACUUUUCCGAGCCCUAAAACCUCAGAAAUGAUAGGAGGCCGCCCAGUAGCGGAACGUAGAUGGCUGUAACUUUAAAAGAAAGUUGAAAACAUGAUUGAUGAAAUUGAUUCGUUGCGAUACAAAUUUUCGACAACUUUUAACUGUGGCGGCAAACAAAUAUUUCCUGACAUGCCUGUCGUGUGAAGCGCCAUAGAAAUUUAUGGCACGCCCAUUGUACUAUCAGCCAUGUGUAAACAUUAUGUUCCUUUUUAUGCUUUUUACACAUCUUUAGACCUGAUUAAGUUUAUUCUGUGAGGUCGUUGUACCAACCAGGCUCGAGCCGGCCCAUACGUGCAACAGCAAAAAGUGCUGCGUGGCUCUACCACCGUAAUAUAUAUACGCUGUUACAGGUUAUGUAAGCAUUACUUGCACUACAUCAAAAGCAUUUUGUGCCUUGUAUUUGGUCCAACAAUCUCCACAGAGAUAAAUUGUAAGCCGUUUCCAUCGUCUCUGCCAUUAUUUUCAGGCUGAGAUAUUACUCUGUACACAAUAAAUUACUGCUUUUAGGCAUCAAACAUCAGUUAUAAACGGAAGGAUACUUGUUUAUAGUGACUAACUACAUGUUUUCCUUAAAAUGGAAUGUAAGUGAUUUUUUUAUACAGAGAUUACAAAACUUUUCUACC